AUGGUCGGGGCGGCUCGCAGGCCGCGGGGGAGGCGGCGUUCCCGGGGGCAGCGCGCCCCUCCCGGCGGGGCGGAGCGGAGCCCGUCCCGCUCCCACCUGGAGCCGGGAAGAGGAAGUGGGAGCUCGGGAGAAGCGGAAAUUGCAGCAGCAGCAGCCGCCGCCAGCCCGGGAAGCACCGGCGGGGAGCCAGCGCCGAGGAGGAGGAGGCGGCGGCAGAGGCAGAGUAAGCGCGGCGGGGCCGAAGGGCAGCCGGGCCGGGAGCUGCGGGCUCGGCCGGGCAGCGCAAGGCAGAGCCGGGGGGCGUCGCGGCUCCGUGUCCUCUUUUUUCUUUAA